AUGGGGAAAAGAAAGCAAAGAAACCAAGUUAUAAGCAAUUUAACCAAAAAACAAAAGAAACAUCUGAAGGAGUUUGGAGAGCAACAUCCCUUUCACGAUAAUGUCGCUGACAGACCAGAGAAAACACAGAUUGUUACCCUGCCUGACAGUCCGGAACAGUCGGACGCCGAAAGCGAUAUUUCUGUUGAAGAGGAGCAGCCGUCCGCCUAUGAGAAACUACUUUCAACCAUGAGCCGACGUGCUGUAGAUGAAAGCGAUGAAGAUGAGAGCGAGGACGAGGAAGAAGAGGAUGACGAAGAAAUCUCAGAUGAAGGAGAAGGAGAGAGUGAUGGAUUAGAGGAGGAGGAGGAGGAAGAAGAGGAUGAAGAAAUAACUGUAAAAUCAGAAGAACAAGAAUAUUCCAACAAUGUGGAGAAAGGAGCGGGGGGAGAAAAGAGUGAUGAAGAGGAGGAAAACGAAGAGGAGAGGGAUGGGGAGUUUACAGAUAAGAAACAUGAAGCUCAGUUCUGUCUGGAGACAAACAUGCCUGGAGAGGGUGAGCAGGAAGAAGAGGAAAGAGCCGCAGAUCAACAGCAGGAUAAGGAAGACGCCUUUGUGAAACACAUGGAUGUGGAGCUCAGUGAUGAUGACGUAAAGAAAAUUGCUGAGGGUACGAAGAGCAGGACUCAGAUCAAGUGGCCAAAACUAGGAAACCUUCAGUGUACGUGCAGCCUGGAGAGGUUCCCUCCUGUUGGACAGGCAUCGUCUGUGGGCCUCCCUAGUUUCCAUAAGACCCUGGAGGCCAACUGGCAGAAUCUGAACCAGGCCUUUCAGCCAGCAGGCAGCCCAACCCCAGAGCUGACUGAGUUGCAGAGGGAGUUGCUGGGGCUUAUGGGGACCUACAGGGACAUGUAUUUUUCAGAGAGCUCUCCCCUGACCGAGGCCAAGGAGGUCCGCAGUGCGUACUGUCUCCACGCCCUCAACCACGUCCUGAAGGCCAACUCCAGAGUGUUGGCUCACAAUGCCCAGCUGAAAGAGUCUAAGACAGGAGAUGAGGAAUUCAGAGACCAGGGUCUGACCAGGCCUAAGGUUCUUAUCCUGGUUCCAUUCCGAGAUGGGGCUCUGCGAGUGGUUCAGACCUUCAUCACCCUACUGGAGACCAAAGGGAAGAAGAUGGACGUGAGCAAUAAAAAGAGGUUUAAGGAUGAGUUUGGAGAGGAACCCGACGACAGACCUCCCAACCUGUUACGGCCGGACGACUACCAUGCCAUUUUCUCUGGCAAUGUUGACGAUCACUUCAGAAUAGGUGUGUCUAUCCUGAAGCGCAAUUUGCGUCUCUAUUCACCCUUCUACUCCUCUGACAUCAUCAUCUCGUCACCGCUGGGCCUGCGGACGCUGCUGGGCUCGGAGGGGGAGAGCAAGCGCGACUUUGACUUCCUGUCCUCCAUCGAGCUGCUGGUGGUGGAUCAGGCUGAUGUGUUUCUCAUGCAGAACUGGGAACACGUCCUGCACGUGAUGAAGCAUCUGAAUUUGCAGCCGUUGGAUUCUCACGGCGUGGACUUCUCCAGAGUGCGCAUGUGGAACCUUAACAACUGGGCCAAGUAUUACAGACAGACGCUGGUGUUCAGCUCCAUACAGGACCCUCAGAUCAACAACAUCAUGACCAAACACUGCUUCAACUACCGCGGUCAGGUCGCUACAAAGAACUUGCCAAAGGUAGGCUCAAUCUGUCAGGUUCUGGUACAGCUCCCUCACGUCUUUCAGAUGUUCACUUCUGACAGCUUCAUGGAUCAGGAUGCCAGGUUUCAGUUCUUUGUGGAGAAGAUCCUGCCUCAGUAUAGAGACUCUGUCAUGUCCCACACCUUCAUCUAUGUGCCAUCAUAUUUCGACUACGUCCGUCUGAGGAACUAUCUGAAGAAAGAAGAUGUCAGCUUCACCGGCGUUUGCGAGUACUCCAAGAAAUCAGAAGUGAACCGGGCACGCGACUCCUUUCUGAAGGGCGAAAAACAGUUUCUCCUCUUCUCUGAACGAUUCCACUUCUACAAGAGAUACACAAUAAGAGGCAUCAGAAACCUGAUUUUCUAUGGACUGCCCACCUACGCCCACUUCUACAGCGAAGUGUGUAACAUGCUCCAGGCCACCCGAGACGGCACAGACCCUGCCAGUUGGACCUGCACAGCCCUCUACUCGCGCUACGAUGCCCACAAAUUGGCAGCCAUCGCCGGAGCAGAGCGUGCAGCCCAGAUGCUGCAGUCCAAGAAGUCUGUGCAUCUCUUCGUCACAGGAGAGGAAAAGAAUGCGUGAGGGCGAGGGGAGGUCUCAGGAGGACUUCUCCUCAGUUCACCUCCUAUGUGAAACACUUAAGACUAAAACCUUAAGACUGGGAACAGUGGUUUCAGACACAAGCAUAUAUAAUGUCACAUCUGAGUCCCGAUAAGGAUGUGGUUGAAAACUCAGUUGUAGGGAGGGAAGGAGAGAGGAAAAAGUGUCUUUGCCCAACGAAGUAUGGCAGGCAACAUUAGAGGUGAAUGAUGGGUUUGGUUUAAUACAACAAAUCGUCAUUUUACUCUGCCAUUUACCCUUUAGUAACUAAAGAUGUAUACUGAAGAUUCACUGAAGAGUUAAGAUUUUCAUAAGAGCUGAAAUGGAACUGAAUCUGCUGUCACUCUGAAUGAUCAAAAGACAAGGAUUACAGUUUUUCUCUGACUGGAAGGAUUUGAUCUCUGUGACAAGCCUGACAAAAUCCUGCAGGGAUGCCGGUCACUCCGUGUUCCAGUUCCAAGAUUUUAAAGCCUUAGCAGAACCGCUGGAUUCCCUUUGUGUUCGCUGUGUG